GUUUGACACAAAGAAGAAAAAAAAAACCAGAUUUGGGAAUUGGGACUAUGUUGUAUCAACAAACGCUUGCCGGAAGGAGCAAGUCUCAUCUUCUUAAUCGCAGUUUAGCAUCGAAGAUCGAAGUAAUCGUGCAGAGCAAUGGCAUAUUAGGCGACGCACAGUGAAGAAAGAACAAAUAAAACAAUCAAUUUUUUUUAAAAUUUUUCCGAUUAGGGCUUAGGAUUGAAACCCUCCUCCAUCUCAAUCAAGACACAUUUGAAAUUCUACUCUAUUCUGAAGAUUAUCAGCUUUUGAUAUGGCUUUAGUUAAUGUCAUCAAUUGUUGCCUUGAUUCCAUCAGAGAAAUAUCUGAGGAACUUAAAGAUGCUGUAGUUUAUGUGGAUGCGGGAUGUACAGAAAGUUUCAAGUUUCUUGGGGCAUUUGCGGUUUUGUUGGAGAUGGGUGCGCUUGCUGUUUGCAGCUUGGAGAGCAUGUCUACUCUUGACUCGGCGAUUGGUUGGAAUCAAAAGAGUGAUGUCCAGACAAACGUUGUAUUCUUCACUUGCCGCCUUCUAAGUGAUUCACAUCGAUACAUUUUACGGCGUUUAAGCACACAUAAACGAGUUAUCCAGUGCACCAUAUAUACAUCUAUUUCAGAGGUUGGUCAGUCAGCGUAUCCCGAUUCACCUUUGGGGCCAGACGCUUAUCAUGAAUAUCAAUCCUUACUUGUGCAAGAUUACGAGGAACUCAUGAAGAAAAACGAUCCAAACGCCACUACUACACACACACAUAAGAAGGGGAAUCUUAUUCCCGAAGACGAGGAGGGUUGGUUGCAGCUUACCCCUCGUGCAGAGGAUGAUACCCCUAAAUCACCGUCUUUUUCAAUAGGCCAUGUAGGACAGAAACUGAUUGCUUAUGUUCAUCACUUCCCUUUAAUUCUCUGCCCUUUUUCUCCGAAGUUCUUUGUGUUACCAUCAGAGGGUUCUAUUUCCGAGGCGUAUUUAUCGGCUGACCAAGAGAAUGCUAUUAGCUCCGGUUUACCUCCCUUAAGUACUGGCACAUUUCAUGAUGGUGAGGAUGUACCGCCAGGUGUUGCUCUUACAGCACAGUUUCUUUAUAAUCUCACAACAAAGAUGGAACUAAAACUUGAAAUAUUUUCGCUUGGUGAUACAUCAAGAACCAUUGGGAAGCUUAUGACAGACAUGUCUAGUCUUUACGACGUUGGUCGGCGUAAACGAUCUGCCGGGCUAUUGCUUAUUGACCGCACGGUUGACCUUCUUACCCCUUGUUGCCAUGGAGAUUCUCUUGUUGACCGAAUCUUUUCAUCUGUUCCGCGUAGGACCCGCGCAGUGGCAAAGGGUUCACAAACCCAACCAAACCUACCGCGUGCUCCUCUUGAUGUUCAGAUACCUCUAGCAGAUGUUCUUAGAGAAGUCCCACCGAAGACAAACGUUCAACUUUUUGAAGCUUUUUUACGCGGGUGGAAUUCUUAUGAUUCGGCUACACAAAUAAACACGUUAGUGAGUCUCGGUGACGAUUUUUCCGAAAGCGAGCUGCUUAACGGGUCGUUAGUAGCCACCGAAAGCUUUAACGGGACACCGUAUUUGGAAUCUAGUUUAGAUAGAAGAACAAAAGACGGUACCAUAUUAAUCAAGAAGUUGCUUCAAGAAACGCUACGUAAAGAAAAAAUGUCCAUGAAUCCAAAAACAGAUUUACAGCUUAUGAUUAGAGCUCUUGCUAAAAGUCAAUCGUGUUUCAUGCGAAACAAAGGAAUUAUACAGCUGGCAGCUGCCACCUCAUACGCUAUGAGUGAAAAAUAUCGCGCCAAAUGGGAUUCAUUUAUAAGUGCUGAGAAAAUACUCAAUAUAAGCGCUGGAGACACAAGCCAAGACCUUUCUAGACAAAUGUGUGACAUCAUCAACAAAAGUUGUUUUGGAGAGUCUGAAUCGUCCUCACAGGGGCUAUUUUCAGUUGAAGACGCGUUUCUGUUAACGGUAACGGGAUAUAUAUUGGCCGGAGAGAAUUUCCCGACGUCAGGUUCAGCUGGCCCUUUCUCUUGGCAAGAGGAACAUUUUCUUAAAGAAGCUAUUGUGGAUGCGAUUCUCGAAAAUCCAAAGCUAGCGAAGUAUAAGUUUCUCAACGGUUUGUUACAUGAUCUUGAAGCUAACUUGAAAAAGAAAAAAGAUGGGGAAAUUACAGAAGAGCCCUCGAAGGCGUUAGAAAGCGAUGACGAUCAGUGGGGAACGUGGGGUGAAGAAGAAGAAGAUGCUGAUAAGGAUACAAGUAACGAGAAUGUCUACAGUGACAUGCAGUUGAAACUAGAGUUAAGGGAUCGAGUCGAUAAUCUAUUUAAGUUCUUUCAUAAAUUAACUAAUUUAAAGGGCAAUAAAGGAAUUAGAGAAAUGGCAUUGAGCUUGGAGAAUAGCAUCGGUGAUGAUGACCCAUAUUCCAGAAAGGGAUUACUUUAUAAGCUUUUAACAAGAAUACUGAGCAAAUACGAUGUACCUGGUUUGGAAUAUCAUUCGUCUACCGUUGGUCGCCUUUUUAAAAGCGGGUUUGGAAGGUUUGGCUUGGGUCAGGCAAAACCAAGUCUCUCUGAUCAAAAUGUUAUACUGGUGUUUGUUGUGGGAGGCAUGAAUGGCAUUGAGGUACUUGAAGCUCAGGAGGCAUUAUCUGAAAGCGGAAGAGCGGAUGUAGAAGUUGUUCUUGGUGGAACGACCUUUUUAACUCCUGCCGAUAUGCUUGAUUUACUUUUAGGUGACUCUAGUUACAUUUGAUCUAUAUAACACCACUUUUCCCCUUGUGUUUCUGUAAAAUCAAACAUCGGUACAGAAAUAUAUAAACGUGUUGCCAAGUUUUGUGACGUGACGUUACACAAGUGAAUUGAACGCUUUCGUAUGUCGCUAAAGUCAUGAGCUGUUUUACAAGAACUCUCUGUUGGAGUUUAUUAUGGAAACUAGUAUGAUUAUUAAAUGAAGAUUGGAUAUGUGAUGAGGUA